CAGGAAAGACGGAGGGGCGAUGGGGGGCGACUAUUACCUCACUGUUCGCGCUAUCUCGUGGAGUUUUGUCUGUCUGAGUUAUGUGAAGAAGACUGUCGAGUACAAGGACAGAAAAAAAAACCCAGACGAUUUUAGAUGAAGGAAAGCUUAUUCAACGAAAUAAAUAAAUUAGUUAAUGAAGACAUCACAUCCAUCAAUACUUACCAUGAUCAAUCUUCACUGUACCAUGUUUCGCGUCCUUGUGGCCUUGACAUUAAUAUGGUUCGUCAACUUUGCUCUGAUAUUACUCAAAAUCAAGUUACAUCCUGACUCUAUAACAUCUGUGAAAUCCAGAGACAUCGCAGCAGUCAGUUUUCUUCACAGAAACGUGUCACUGUCUAAAAAUAUCACGAAGAGUGCUUUAAAUAGUAAAUACAGCAUUUUUGAUGAUUCGGUUGUUAAAACAUUUAAAAAUGUCCACAACGAAACAGUACAGCAUGGUGCUGCAUACAGACGUGUAGGUAGUGAUAUGAAGUUUUUCCAAAUAAAAGUCAACGAAUCACGUCACGUACAAACUGGAAAUUUAGACAUUAUCAAACCACGUGACUCUGAACGUAAGGAAAUAGCCAAUGUAUUUCGACCUGAAACACGUAAUCCGACAAAAGCAGACGUUGUUCGGAAAAACGGAGGACAGCAGACGUAGUGAAGUGGUUUUCCCGCCAUUUGUUGCAGACAGCCCACCGGAUGGACCAGGUGAGUUUGGCCACGGCGUAAUUAUUGACGAAACCUCGUUAUCGGAGGAGGACAGCAGAAAGUUCAAGGACGGGUGGAAGAAGAACUUCUUUAACCAGUACGCCAGUGACAAAAUCUCUGUCAGGCGGCGCAUCGAUGAGUCGGACAAGGACUGGUUCAAACAAUGCAGCAAGAAGAAAUACAGACCGGAUAUGAGAGCAGCGAGUGUGAUCGUGUGUUUUCACAACGAGGCUUGGACCGUUCUCCUGCGUACGAUCCACAGCAUACUAGACCGGUCCCCGCCGCAUCUUCUCAAGGAGAUCAUUAUCGUAGACGACGGCUCCACCAUGGAUCACCUGAAAGAGCCACUGGCCAAGUAUGUAAGCGCUCUGGACAAGGUGACGCUGUUACGGACGAGCCAGAUGGAAGGACUCAUUCGAGCGAGACUGCUCGGGUACUCCAAAGCAACGGGAUCUGUUCUAGUGUUCUUGGACUCUCACAUAGAAUGUUUUCCAGGCUGGUUGGAGCCCCUACUGGACAGGAUAGCAGAGAGUCCCUACAACGUCCCCUACCCCAUGAUCGACGCCAUCUCGAAAAGGUCCUUCUCCCUGAAGGCUAUUCACCCGUGCUGCGUAGGGACGUUCAAGUGGAUGUUUCUGGUGUUUGCGUGGGCAAGCUAUCACAGCGACGACCCGACUAAGGGCCUGUAUGACCCCAUGAAAUCCCCCACGAUGCCCGGCGGUUUGUUUGCUAUUGACAAAGACUAUUUCGCCAAACUUGGUACGUACGAUGAUCAGAUGAACCACUGGGGAGGAGAGAACAUGGAGCUGUCCUUCAAGGUCUGGAUGUGUAACGGAACUAUUGAGGUCAUCCCGUGCAGUCACGUGGGUCACGUGUUUAGGGACCAGAGUCCAAUCAAAUGGAAGACCGGAAGUCAGCUUGUGAGAAACUCCAUACGUGUAGCGGAAGUGUGGAUGGACAGUUACCGGAAAUACUAUUAUGAUACCUUUCACAGUAAACUGGGUGACUAUGGAGACGUGUCAGAGAGGAAGUUACUGCGCAAACGUCUCAAGUGUAAGGAUUUUGGUUGGUACCUCAAAAAUGUCGCCAAGGAAGUACAGAUACCUGAAAAUCACAUCAUCAGUGGCGAGAUUCGUAGUAUGGCGGCACCUGUCUGUCUAGAGUCGACUGGCGUCGGAGGUCACGUGAUGAUAAAACCCUGCCACGGAGUUGGAUACGACCAGCAUUGGUACAUGCUUGACAACGGCGAGAUUCGAUCAGCACAUCAGACGUCCCUGUGUUACGUCAGUGAAACCCCCGUACUUGUGGCGGCUAAAAGUUGCAGGGGAGAGAAAGGCUGGAUAUACACACAGGACAAGACACUGAUGGUGGACUCGAACUCAGUUCCACAGAUCUGUCUCCAGGCCAGUCCAGGCAAAGACUCCCUGACCGCCAAGCCCUGUAACAGCAGCCCCUGGCAGAAAUGGAUAUUUGAAAACUAUGUAAAGAAAUAAAAUAUAUACGUGUA